AGCAAACAUGAACGCGCAAUCAGCCACAGUUUUGUUCAGGAGGCAAUUACUUGCAGGCGGUAGGCGCGGGGCGGGAGCAGCCGGGCGGGAGCAGUACAGGUGCUUCUCGCGUACCACGAGGCAAUCACAGCAGCCGCAAACGCCACCGAAAACUACGCAGAAUCGGGAUGGAACCACUCACUUUGGGUUCGAGACGGUCGCAGAGGCCCUCAAGGAACAGAAGGUGCGCGGCGUCUUCUCGUCUGUGGCCUCCUCGUACGACACCAUGAACGACCUCAUGUCCAUGGGCAUCCACCGGCUUUGGAAGGACCACUUCGUACGAAACCUCAACCCCGGACGCAACCCCCUCACAUCCGCACCGUAUGAGCAGAAGGGCUGGAACAUCCUCGACAUUGCUGGCGGUACUGGCGACAUCGCCUUCCGCAUGCUCGACCACGCAUCGACGAUCAACCACGAUGCGCACACCAAAGUCACCGUCGCAGACAUCAACCCAGACAUGUUGGCUGAGGGAAGGAAACGCGCGCUCGAGACACCAUAUGCGCGGUCUCCGCGCCUCCAAUUCAUCGAAGCGAAUGCGGAGAAGCUGGACAUGAUUCCGGACAGCAGCAUCGACCUCUACACCGUCGCCUUCGGCAUCAGGAACUUCACGCACAAGGAGGAAGCGAUACGGGAAGCGUACCGGGUGUUGAAGCCGGGCGGUGUCUUCGCCGUGCUUGAGUUCUCCAAGGUCAACAACGGGCUAUUCGAUGCUGUAUACAAGCGUUGGAGUUUCAGCGCGAUUCCAUUGAUAGGACAGUUGGUUGCUGGCGACAGGGAUAGCUACCAAUACCUCGUGGAGAGCAUCGAGAGAUUCCCGAGCCAGACGGAGUUCAGGGAUAUGAUUAAAGAUGCUGGCUUCCUGGUACCAGGGCAAGGGUGGGAAGACCUGACCGGCGGCAUUGCAGCGAUACACAAGGGCGUGAAGCCGGCGUGAUCGCGUUGUUUACAUAUGCACAACUGUAAUUUCACAUGUACACUUCAUGUAUUGGGGACAUAGAACAAAGAAAUGGAGUGCCAAUCGAUAGAGGACAC